GGUGACCUCAGCUUAGCUGCUCCAUCUGGACACCCGCAUGUGGUCCCCACGCGGGACCUGGGCCACCGGCCUCCUGCUCGCUGCUCCUGGGCCUCGUAGCAGCAGCCAGCAGGCAGCUGGGCCGCCUGGCGGGGCUCCAGAGGCGCAGAGCGGGUUAAAGUGUGCGCCAGUCCGGCCGGCGGCGGGCGGGGCAGCGGCCUGGUGGGAAGUGUGAGUUCCUCCCCGUCUGCCUGACAGCUAUAAAGGCGGCUGCGGCCACAGAGCCGCCACUGGGCUGCGCCCCUCCCCUCCCGGGAUCCCCUCCCUCAGAUGCUCUUUGAAGUGGGAGAGGGGCGGCUGCCGAGGAGGAGAGAGGCAGAGCUGCACGUCCCUGGCCUCUGCUCGCUCCCGCUGGCUGCGCACCUGGCACUCACCCUGCUCUGGGAGGACAACCUGCUGAGGCCGGGCCAGGAUGGAUGGAGGAUGGCAGUGUUCACGAUGGGCCUGGUCCUUGCUGGCCAUGGCGGUGGUAGCUGGGGGUGCAGCAUCCACAGAGCUCUCGGACAACAGCCCUACAUCCAACAGCCUGGAGGGCGGCGCCGAUGCCACGGCCUACUGGUGGGGGGAGUGGACCAAGUGGACAGCGUGCUCCCGCAGCUGCGGGGGUGGGGUGAUGUCCCAGGAGCGACACUGCCUGCAGCAGAGCACCCAUCUUCAUGCCAGGAGGAAGUCUGUCCCGGGUGCCGGCAAUAGGACCUGCACUGGGAUAUCCAAGCGCUACCAGCUCUGCAGCCUGAAGGAGUGCCCACCGGAUGGGAGAAGCUUCCGCGAGGAGCAGUGUGUCUCCUUCAAUUCCCGUGUGUACGACGGGCGGACCUACCAGUGGAAGCCCCUAUACCCUGACGACUACGUGCACAUCUCCAGCAAGCCCUGCGACCUGCACUGCACCACGGUGGACGGCCAGCGGCAGCUCAUGGUGUCCGCCCGCGACGGCACAUCCUGCAAGCUCACCGACCUGCGAGGGGUUUGCGUGUCUGGAAAAUGUGAGCCCAUCGGCUGUGACGGGGUGCUGUUCUCCACCCACACGCUGGACAAGUGCGGUGUCUGCCAGGGCGACGGGAGCAGCUGCACCCACGUGACCGGAAACUACCGCAAGGGCAACGUGCCCCUGGGUUACUCCCUGGUGACUCACAUCCCGGCCGGUGCCCGGGACAUCCAGAUCGUGGAGAGGAAGAAGUCGGCUGACAUGCUAGCUUUGGCAGAUGAAGCCGGCUUCUACUUCUUCAACGGCAACUACAAGGUGGACAGCCCCAAGAACUUCAACAUCGCCGGUACCGUGGUGAAGUACCGGCGGCCCAUGGACGUCUACGAGACAGGCAUCGAGUACAUUGUGGCGCAGGGGCCCACCAACCAGGGCCUGAAUGUCAUGGUGUGGAACCAGAAUGGCAAGAGCCCCUCCAUCACCUUCGAGUACACCCUGCUGCAGACCCCGCCUGAGCACGGCCGCCCGCCGGUCUACUACAGCUUCUCAGAGCCUGCCUCAGCCUCCGUCUCCGCCAGCGCAGAGAGCCAGGAGCUGGCCAGCGCUGGGCUCCUGGGCUUCCUGCAGCGCAAUGCCUCGCUCUACGGCCCGGCCUCCUCUGAGCAGCUGGGCCUGGACAACCGGUUUUUCAGCCCCCGGGGCCCUGAGGUGGACCUGGGCCCUCGUCCGGGCCAGGAGACCAACGAGGUGUGCGAGCCUGCCGGCGGCGGGGCCUGCCAGGGGCCCUCCAGGGGCAAAGGCUUCCGAGACCGCAACGCCACUGGGACAGUGCUCACAGGGGACAAGGAUGACCCAGAGGUGGACGCCCGGCUCUCCUCCCAGGAGUUCCUCUCCGCUAAUGCUAUCUCUGACCAGCUCCUGGGCGCAAGCUCUGACUCCAAAGAGUUCAGCCUGAAUGAGACAGGGAACAGCAUCUUCGCACAGGGUGCCCCCAGGAGUCCCGAGGCUGAAAGCCUCUACGUGGACUACGAGGAGGGCGAGGGGGCCGCUGCUUACCUGGUCAACGGGUCCUACCUGGAGCUGAGCAGCGACAGGGUCACCAAUACCUCCUCUGAGGCCCCGUUCCCCAACGCCAGUGCCAGCCUCCCUGCAUCGGCCGGGAACAGGACCCACAAGGCCAGGACCCGGCCCAAGGCGCGCAAGCCAGGUGUGAGCCCAGCCGACAUGUACCGGUGGAAGCUGUCAUCCCACGAGCCCUGCAGCGCCACCUGCACCACAGGGGUACUGUCAACCUAUGCCAUGUGCGUCCGCUACGACGGAGUCGAGGUAGAUGACAGCUACUGCGACGCCCUAACCCGGCCCGAGCCUGUGCACGAGUUCUGCGCCGGGAGGGAGUGCCAGCCCAGGUGGGAGACCAGCAGCUGGAGCGAGUGCUCGCGCACGUGUGGAGAGGGCUACCAGUCCCGCAUCGUGCGCUGCUGGAAGAUGCUGUCCCCCGGCUUCGACAGCUCUGUGUACAGCGACCUGUGUGAGGCCGCUGAGGCCGUGCGGCCCGAGGAGCGCAAGACGUGCCGCAACCCCGCCUGCGGGCCGCAGUGGGAGAUGUCCGAGUGGUCCGAGUGCCCAGCCAAGUGCGGCGAGCGCAGUGUGGUGACCAGGGACAUCCGCUGCUCCGAGGACGAGGAGCUGUGCGACCCCAGGACCCGGCCCGUGGGGGAGAAGAACUGCACCGGGCCCCCCUGCGACCGCCAGUGGACCGUCUCGGACUGGGGACCGUGCAGCGGGAGCUGUGGGCAAGGCCGCACCAUCAGGCACGUGUACUGCAAGACCAGCGACGGGCGGGUGGUGCCUGAGUCUCAGUGCCAGGCGGAGACCAAGCCCCUGGCCAUCCACCCCUGCGGGGACCGGAACUGCCCGGCGCACUGGCUGGCCCAGGACUGGGAACGGUGCAACACCACGUGCGGGCGCGGCGUGAAGAAGCGGCUGGUGCUGUGCAUGGAGCUGGCCGACGGGAAGCCGCAGACACGCAGCGGCCCUGAGUGUGGCCUGGCCAAGAAGCCGCCGGCGGAGAGCACCUGCUUCGAGAGGCCCUGCUUCAAGUGGUACACCAGCCCCUGGUCGGAGUGCACCAAGACCUGCGGCGUGGGCGUGAGGAUGCGGGAUGUGAAGUGCUACCAGGGCACCGACAUCGUCCGUGGCUGCGACCCACUGGUGAAGCCCGUUGGCAGACAGGCCUGCGACCUGCAGCCCUGCCCCACGGAGCCCCCAGAUGACAGCUGCCAGGACCAACCGGGCACCAACUGUGCCCUGGCCAUCAAGGUGAACCUCUGCAGCCACUGGUACUACAGCAAGGCCUGCUGCCGCUCCUGCAGGCCCCCCGCUUCCAGCCGGGGUGCUGCAGCCCCUUGAGAUCCACAUGCCCUGUCCUGGGGUUGCUGCAGCUCCAGGGACCCCCCUGGACACUGUCCUGCAGUCCCCCAGGCUGGGAAGAUGUGACACUGAGCCUUGGUCCACAAGAAGGACUUCGGGGCCCCCAGUGCCCGCCAUGGAAACUGCCCACAGGGCCACACGGACCCUUUCUGAGGCUCCCACCAGCAGCCUGAACCAGAGGCUCCGCCCAGCAUGGGGGGGAAGUUCCUGUAGUUCAAGGCCUUGACUGGACCAGCAGGGCUUCUCAAGGUGACUUGCAGACGACUGGGGAAGGAAGUGCCUCCCUCGCUCAGGUGACUUGGGUUGCAGGAGCUGCGGGCACUGGGAGGCCCAGACUGCCCGGUUCCUGAUGUGCACAGAAGUCCUCCUUCCAGGGGGUUAAUCUCACAGCUCAGCGUAGGCUCCGCCUGCUGUGUAGGAGCUCAUGUAUUGGAGGGAUGGGCACACCCUACGCCCCAGGGCAGGCCCUCUUUUUUAUGGUGUAUUUGUUCAUGGGCAGCAGGAUGCCCUAUAACCCCCGCCGUACUCACCGGUUUAUGUUAAUAAAGUGGUCAAAGUGGUCUUA